AUAUUUAUGUGUAAUGCGUUGAGCGAUAAAUAAGGCAUUAAGAGCCAACAAGCAGCCAACCAAUUAAAUUGCUACACAUGCCCGCAUUCGGUAAACGCACCAAACGUGGCAAAUAUCGAUCAAUAUUGAGCACAAGUUUGUCAUUUCAAGAUGGAUGCUAUUCGUGUGCUGACGUUGCUUGCACUGUCAAGUUUUGUAUUUUGUGAUUCAAUUAAGGACCAGGUCGUCGUCAAAGCAGUUGUUGAGAGCUGCUCCGGAUGACGAUUGAAUCGUUUACCAGAGGUUAAGAAGUUCAUUUAUGAGGACGUCCCUCUGUUUCACGAUGUUUACUUUAAACCAAAGGGUGGAGCUCCGCCUGUCCUUCAGCUUGUAAAUAAAGAUGAGGUAGUUAUAGAGGAAAUUAGUUUAGAUAAAAAAUCUCGGGAAGAUUGUAAUAAUCUUUUAGAGUUACUCGGCUUCGUCAAGAAAGAGAAUGAGGAUGAUGAUCUAGAUGACGAUGUCCGGAGCAGACUGGUUUAUUACACGCAGGAACAGAUUAGGCAGAAAGGUGUCCGAGAUCAUCAUGCUCGCGAGGAAGGUGAUGAUGAAAGAGACGAGUUAUAAUUUAUCAAUGUUGUAGGAUUUUUUAUUUUAUUAUUAUUUGUAAAAAAUCUUUGUUUAAGUCAUUGUUCAUUGUUCAUUAUUCCAUAGAAUGAUUCUUCCUUAUUUUUGACAGUUGUUUUUGGUGUUGUUUUUUUUUUUUUCUUUUGAGGCAUUAUGUAUGUGCAUUUUUUUUAAAUCAAUAAUAAGAUCUGUAAAAGUGAAUUAAAUAGUAAUAAAUGAGAAGUGAAAAUUUAGAGAUCUGACAUGCAAGAAGUGUUAAAGAAAUAACUAGUAUUGAUAUUAUACUAUACUAGAAAAUCACUCAUUUUAUAUUAUAAGAUAUUACAUCUGGCCACUCAGUGCUGAAUACAGCUCAAAAUAGAAUACCGUAAUAGAUUAAAGACAAAUACAUUGUCUAGUUAUGAAAUUGUGUUAUUCAUGUGUCAUUUUUGACAACUUUUACUAGUUCUGUGCAUACCUAUUUCUUCAAUAUUUUCAUGGUACACUGCAUACAUUUUAUGAAGGUUUGAAAUAUGGUGUAUGUUGUAUAACUUUUAACUAUAUGGCUGGAUGUUGUAUAAAUGUCUGUUUUAAUUCUGAAAUAAGAUACAGAUAGAAAAAUUGAAGAUGUUAAAUGAAUAACAGAAUUAGAUUUAUUUGGGAAUCAAAACUGAGACUUUUUGAUUAUUGUGCCAAUACAUAUAAAAACUUAUUUUUGUUAGUCUGAAAGUUUAUAUACUGUAUGAACCAGAGAUAUCUGGCAAGAAUAAUUUCUUUAUAAUAAAUUCAGGCUAGCCUGGGCAGAGUGUUACAACAUAAACAGGCUUUAUACCAUAAGUUGUUGAAUAACUUGAUAAAAACCACUGUGUGAAGAGUUAGUUUAACUCAGUAAGGAAAGAACAAAUGUUAUUUGCUGAAUAUCCAUCUACAAGUAUAUACAAUGUAUAGGGUGAGCGUAACCAUGGUUAUUUGUUCUAUAUUAAGGAUUAGAUUAUGUGAUAACAACAUGUGCUUUAUAGUAAUGAAAAUCUGUUACACCAAGCUUUAUAUAAAGCUUAGAAUAUUGUAACAUCUUGAUAGAAUAUAAAGGCUAUAUUGUUUUAUGUUAGAAAACUGGAUAUAAAAAUGGAAUUUAUUUAGCUAGCUCUGCUAUAAAUGGUUGUCGAUCAAAUAUUUCUAUUAGCAUAUAAUGGUAAUGAGGCAAUUUUGUAGGGAAAAAAUGUGUGAUAUUCUUGAUGGAUAUAAAUAAAGAGUUUUUUUUUUUUAAUAGAAAGAGAAAACAACAUAAAUGUGUUACAAUUUUAUAAGUAAAAUUAAGAUGAAAGUAACUUGUACACGUUUGCGUAUUUGUAUGUUAAUAUACUAAGGCCAGACUGUGGUAAUUAAGUAUGAUUGUAAAUUAUUUUUACCUGUAACUGUGAAUGUUUUAUCACCAAAUUGCAAUUCUUUUAAUUGUGUAAUUGACAAAUAAUGGCAUUAAGUAGGCAAAUGUAAGAUGAAUUUUUAACAUUGUUUAAAUUGUGAUCAUGUGUGUAUUUAUCACUAACGUUUUAUGCAAGAUAUCAUUUGUGUUUCAUGUGUAUCAUUAAAGGCACAUUAUGCCUCAAAAAUCCAUAUCUUUAAAGAAACAGUAAUGACAAAAAUGUGUUUUAUAAUGUUUUAAUAAUGGAUUAAGGGCAUAAGAGAUAUUUGAAAAGAAAGUACCGCUGAAUUUGCAAUAAUGUGUCCCUAAAGGUACGAAAUGUUAAGAAAGUAGUAUUUUGACAUCCAUACAAAAUACUAAUUCCCUAUAAAUAUAGCAAUUGCUAACAAAGCAAAAGAAGCAAAAAUAGUUCAUCUAUAUAUCAAAUAAGUAUGUUGUGGAAUCUAACAAGAUAACAAAAAAUAAAAAGGAUUUGAGAAAUAAAAAUGAUAGCAUCUCUGAAGCAUAAUGGGCCUUUAAUGCAUCUAUAUUUAAAGAAAAUGUUUGCAAUUAUUGUAUAAAAGCACUCGUAACUAAUAUGUGAAUUUGUGUAAAGGCCAGCAUAUUUAUAUCAACGAAACUUAUGUGUAUAAUUAAGUGAAAACGCUAAAAAAAUGCAAAGUGGGGUACAUGGACAGUAUUUGUAUUAUAUAUGCAAUGUAUACAUGAAAUAGCUGGAUUUAGUAUUAUGAUUUUGUUUCUGUAGUUACCUCAGUCACGCUUAAUAUUUCAUCUGAUCAUCAUGUGUUUUAAUUUAUGAAAACUUGGUUAUGUUCCUUUUGAAACCAACUUUUGUCAACGUUCUAUCCAAGAACGCGGGAGAAUGUAUUGAUGACGCCAUCUGUGUAACGCCGUAUGGCCUGCAGAAGACCGAUGUAAUACCUUACGGCCUCCCGUCUUCUUCAGAAUUUUGUCAAAGUUUGAUUUAUUGGAUCAACCAGUUUGUGCUAUUUUAUGAUUUUAUAAGGGACUGUGUCCCUUGCUAUUGUUGUGGUGUUUAUAAUCUUGUCAAAUGGUAUAUACUAAUGAUAAUGAGAAAAUAAAAAUAAAAAAAUAUGAAAAAAAAA